AUGUCUCCAAUCCCUGUUCAGCGUCCGACUCUCCUAGAUGAGGACCGAGUGUUAUCCGAUCAAGACGUCGGGCUUCUUUAUCAAAUAAUUACUCGCGCCGAGCAGAAUUCCAAUGUUGAACGCUUGCCCUUUAGAGCGCUUUUUGCAGCUUACGAUGAAGUCCUCGCAGAUCAUGGGCCGGAUGCGGAUCCGGAGCAGGUCUGCAUGCGCUUCUUAUUCAAGAUGGGCACCGGAGGACUUGCGGGCCAAUCCUUGUUUGAUAGAUUCGAGAAUCUCCUUCAAAGCAUGGGUAUUAUAUUAUCGUUCGACGACACCGAGCCCGAGCAACACCAAGACCUUGCGCUUCACCCAUCAGCAUUGGAAUUCGCGGGUGAGCAGCAACUCACUGGCCGAAUUCCUGAAGAUACAACCCAAAGAUCAAUCCGAAGAAGAAGGGCCUCGUUUAAUUCUAUGUACGAUGUUGGCGAAGAUGCGACACAAAAACACGGGUAUCGUCCAAGCUCAAGGUCUUCCAUGUCUCGACUCGACCCCGGAAAAUCCGCUUUCUUGGAAGAAAUCGAUGAUCACCCUCGAGAACCGCAGACUCACCGCGGAGAACCAACAAAUCUACCUGACAAAAAUCAACUGUUGGCCCAGUUUCUGGAAAUGGGACGUCGGUUGAUGGGCGGCUUAGAUCCCAGAGGAAUGCCACAAUCAGUUGAAAACGACACGCCUUUCCAACCCACGAAAAAUGUGAUUAUGAGUUCAUCUCCUCGAUCGAAUCAUCGGAGUUUCUCGGAAAGACUGCGCGAGAGUGACGAGCCGUCGCCUAAUAUUGAUAUAAACUUUCGUUCGGAGGAUAUGAGAGCAUUCGAUGAAUUGGGUUUUAAGCCUAGUUUGUCCGACAUGUUACGAGAUGCGUCGAACUUUGCGACAUAUCGCAGAAGAGUAACCGCGAGAAAAGCCAUCAUACAUUGGCUAGAACAGGCUGUUAACGUACGACAACGUCGUCAAGACAUGGAAUCCGCGGCUUCCAAUCAAGAUAGAGCAACGCUACUUCGCCAAGCUCUUGACCUGUGGCGAGCAGAGCUUCAGAAGAAACGGCAAAAUAGCCGCACAAAGCGAUUUUUCCGGCACUUGGAGAGACGUGCUGCAAAAGCUAGAGACUUAUACUUGAUGACAAAAGCCUUUACUCACUGGGCACAGCUUACUUCAGAUGAAGUGUCAAAGGCGUCUGAAGCUCGUCAGCAUAUCUUGAGCAUCAAAUAUUUCAAUGCUUGGCGUGAGAUAACAGCAGUCAAUGUGAUGAAGGCUCAGCGUUUCACUAUUAGGAGACCAUUGGAUGGUUGGAAAAGAAGAAUCCAGCAAAUUAGAAUGUCGGAAGACUAUGCAGCUGCUACGUACGAUAUCAAUACGAAAAGGAAGUAUUUUAUGAUUCUGCGCUGGAAUUUUUAUUACGAACAGCGAGCACCGGAAUGGAGUGAUUAUCGACUUAAGAAAAGUUCGUUUCUUUCUUGGAUUCGCGCCUUGAGGACCCAACGGGAACGCGAGGCUGAUAUAGAUCACACGAACCGUCAUGAGCUUCUUCACGCAGCGAUGCAAACAUGGUCUUACCGACUGAGAUCUGUGAACGCAGCACAGCUUGAUGCGGAUAGGAAACGCAAGAAAAAGUUGGUGGGUGAUCAAAUCGAGGUAUGGAGUGCUCAGACUCGGUUGUACUCCGCAGCUGUGAAAACAGUUGAAAGAGUAAACUCAAAGGUGGUCAAAACUUCCUUUAUGCAUUGGCGACUACGCACAAAGGCUAUGCAGGAAGCGAAAGAAGCUGAUCGUUUGAGACUUUUGCGUAAUGCUUGGACAACAUGGAACGAUCAUUUGCGCUGCUAUGCACUAAAUUCACGUAUUGAAGAGCGCCUAAUGAAAGAAGCUAUCUACAGAUGGGUUUUGGCAGAAAGAUAUCGUCUCGCACAGCGGAUACGAGACCAACGCAUACAGCGCGAAGCUUUCACAAAAUUCAUAAUCACUGCUCGAGAUACAUCGAAGGAAUUGAUGCAGCGAGAAGAUCAAUAUGUGCAUCGUUACAACUAUGAUAUAUUACGCUCCCAUCUCUUGUGCUGGGGAAACAAACUCGCAGUCCAACGGCAAAGAGAAUAUGCUGCAAUAGAAUUCUACGAGCCCAGAGUUGAGCAGGAGGCACUCACCAUUUGGACUUCUAGACAUCAACAUGUGCGAAAUCUGGAAAAGUGGUCGCAGGAUGCUCGCUUUUAUUUCACUGCAACUAAGUUUGUCAAGGCCUGGCACAAUGCAACUUUGGAUGCGUCCAAGAAACGCCGACAGGAAGCCUAUGUCAAAAUCCGCAGGAAGGUCAAGAUGAACAUUGCGUUGAGCGCCAUACGCGUUUGGUACGAUAAGUCACGACGUGUGACGAAUUUAAUUGAUCAGGCUGAUGAGUUCAGUCGCACAAAUUUACUUCUCUUCUCAACCGAACUUGUUGAUCGUUGGCGUCAACAAACCGCAAAGGUUGCACAGAACACUCAGGAUGCCGAGGUGUACUAUCACAGACAACUUGCUUACCAUAUGUUAACACGUUGGAUUGACGGGUCUGAAAAAUACCGUGGCCUAGAGGAACAAGCCGAUGGACUAGAUUUGGUGCACGUUUCUGACCUUGCGUCUGCACAGCUGCGCAAGAUCAGUCGCCGUAUUUUUCAGAUCCGAAGCGCGGCUGAUAUGGCGGAAUCGAUGCACGAUCGUAUACUGAGAAAGCAUCACAGAAAUAUGCUUCGGCAUUGGAGCAACAAGGCCAGAGUACAGCACAAAGAUCGCGAAGAACUAGAGCCAGACAGGGUUGGAAUCGUAACUCACGAACCCACUACUCCCGGUGCUGCAAUGGUAGUUGGGGAUCCGGAAAACACACUGAACUUGAGCGAACUAGGAUCUCUACCAGAGCAUCGAUUAGCCUCAACAACACCUAUCGCGACACCUGGGUAUUUGGCAUCGCCAUCGAGACGAGCCGCACGGGCACGUCUGCUUUCCCAAAUGUCGACAACUCCGGCAACACCGCUGUUCACGCCUUUUGCAAGCCGCCUUCGUGCAGCUCUCGAUGGCGACAGAGCAGGUUCCGAAAGCAGAGCACGAAGUCGACGCAGCUCCGUUGGAACUAUGGUUGGCAUUUGUGUCCGUGAAGACCCAAGAAACGGGGGCUUCGAGUACGAUCAUUCUUCCAUGCGUGCGGUUCUACCAGGGCGGCCUCAGUCGAAGCUGCAAGCUCUCAGCACCGCGCUCUGGGAUGAUCUUCGGAUUGUUGCAUACAUCUCUGGCCAUGCACUCGUUGUCCUGACCGGAGCCCAGACGCUCCUGCAGACCAUCUACGUCGACGAUUCGGACUACCUCGAGACAGUUGCUAUCGAUGAAGCCUCUGGCCAAAUUGCCGUUAGCAGCGGGCCUGAUGUCUACAUAUACCGGCCGAAUGGAUUUAAGGGUGAAUCCCUAAAGUGGUCGUUAGCCGUCACUUUCCGUUCCGUAGACGACGAUGAAAUUAUUAAUACGUUAUCCUGGGGUUCCUCUGAGGAAUUGCUUGUCGCUAAUUCGAGCCUUUCGGUGUGGUUCCUGAAACAUGAACCUCAUCUCAUGUGGAAGAAGCGGCUAGCUGGGCCUACGAAGUUCGCCGAGUUCUCGCCUGAUGCUGAGUUGGUAGCGACAACGGGGAGAUAUGAUCGCCUUGUCAAACUCUGGAGGAGACUUUCGUUUGGCGCCGACGACGUCCGAUUCGAGGUGUUCUACCUCCCUCAUCCAGCAGCAGUGACCGGGAUACACUGGCGAAGACCUCGCCAUCGUGAACAGUCAAUGGAAAAUGUUCUUUAUACAAUAUGCGCAGACAACAAGAUUAGAGUCUGGACGGUUUCAGAUCACCAAGCUCUUUCGGCGAUGCAUCUAUGGACUGAGAUAGAUAUGAGCGCAUCGAUCCAGCCACGAGACAACUCGCAGAUUAUAUCAGGCCGCCGCUAUGGUUUCAUAAUUGAUAGCCGAGAUUUCACGGCGGCGACUGAGCGGGCUGUUCAACGAAAUUCCACAAAGAAUAAUUUGGCCUUGGAGCACCUUGUAGAAGUGGCGACUAAAAGCCCGGAAAUUUGUGUUAUCGCCGAUGACCAGGGCCACAUGUGCGCUUGGGCUUUGGAGAACGUCGGGAGUAAGACGAGAUCUGCAACCGAUGUAUUCAACAUUUUGCACGUCGAGGGACUGAAGUUCUCGUUUCCACAGAGAGCUCUUCUGCAUGAGGAUUAUGCACGAUUUUAUGCUUUCGGGGCUUCUACUGCCAUAGACUCGCUGUCGAUAUUGGUACACUACUUUGAUGGGAGGAUAGAAUGGCUUGACUCUCAAAUUGAUGUUCUCUUUGAUCCAACGCCGCGAAAACACAGGUUACUGUCUCAAGGAAUUUGGUCUGGUCAUACAGAACCAAUCAAAAAGAUUGUUCGAAAUGCAAGUGGGCGUGUACUUGUGUCACGAACCGACGAUAACAACGCAAUGAUAUGGAGGCAGAAAAUGCGAAACUCGGGUUCUAUUCUGGCCACCCAAAGCUCGCUUUCGUCACAAGACCAUAUACACCGAACGUGUGUGAUUGACGAUGGCUCAUUCUUAAUAAAUCUUCACCACACCAGUAUAUCCCUAUGGGAUAUUCGACAAUCCCCCGCUGUGAUGCUGAGUUCAUGCGAAUUUGCAUCGUCUAGUAAGCCACUCUGUGUCUUGACUGUGCCUCACUCCGAGACGUCAGAUAGAACUGUGUGUGUUGCUAUGAUAAACUCUGAGAUGAAAGGCAUUGCGUGGUUGCUUGAGUUACCCGACAUGCGAUCUUCCGUCAAUAGCGAGGAGUGCCUGAUUUCAUUGCGAGAAUUUUGUACAUUCGACAUGGGUCUAGAUGUCGAUGUAGCUUACGUAUUGGCUGUGGACCCGGCAGGCCAGAUGGUGCGACACUCUGGCUUUCUAGAUCUCUUCGCUGCAGAUAUAGCGCUUUCAUAUACACACAAGGGAACUAUUCACACGUGGGCGGCUAAGGUGGACAAGGCAAACCGAAAGCUGGACUGGCUGAUUACAUCAACUGUUGAAACAGGCGUCAUAAACCCAUCUCUAGCAAGCGGAAGUGCGAUUCGAAAGGCAGCACUAGUCGACCAAGAUCGUACACAUCUCACGAUUUGGGAUACCAGUGGUGCUCAGUUGGAGUUUGAAGAGAGAUUCCCCGAUCAUGAUAUGAUCCGAGAUCUUGACUGGGCUUCUACUCCAGAUCAGCAAUCAAUAUUAGCUGUUGGCUUUUCUCAUAAGGUCCUUUUACUUUCGCAGCUAAGAUACGAUUAUCUAGACUCUGGUCCAUCCUGGACUGCAGUUCGUGAAAUCCGCAUUCGAGAUCUGACGCCGCAUCCCAUUGGGGACUCAUGUUGGUCAGGCAAUGGGAAUCUAGUCGUUGGGGCUGGAAACCAGCUAUUCGUGUACGACAAGGCUGUUGAGGCGGAUAGCCAUUUGGUUUCUGAGCUUCGUAUACCAGCUCGGGGAAGCUCGGAUGUAAAUCUUUUCGACAUUGUCAGCCGAUUGAACGGACCCCUUCCUGUUUAUCACCCUCAGUUUCUUGCUCAAUGCAUUCUGUCAGGGAAGACGAAUCUCGUCCAUCUGAUUCUCAUGAAUCUCCAUAAAAAGCUCAAAUUCUAUUCUGAAGGUGAUGACCUCGACACCCUUCUUGGCAUACCAGUUGAAGAAUUCUACCGGGAUGAUAAUGAAUUGCACGAUUUUGCAUGGAAAGAGAUGCGGGCUUCUCUUGACUAUGUUGAAGACGAACCGCGAGUCCUAGAUGAAACGGUAGCUGCAAUUCUCAAUGAGAACCUAACACGUAUCAGUCUACCGCAGCUGUCAAGUCAAGAGCAAUUCCGCCUUGUUGACACAAUUGAGUGUGUGGCGACCGUUGAGAAACAUAGAAGAUCCAUGGAUGCUAAUGCUGCGCGAUACCUGCUCUUUUUCCGUCAACACAUGCUACGGAGAAGCCAGGGGGUCGCCAAUAAAAAUACAGUCUCGUGGAGAGAAAUAGUGUGGGCUUUUCACAGUGGAAGUCAAGAUAUCUUGACGGAUCUUGUCUCUCGGCAAUUUAAUGGGAAAAUACUGUGGAAAGCAGCGAGAGAGAGCGGAAUUUUUAUGUGGUUAUCGGACACAGCAGCUCUAAGGACACAGCUUGAAAUUGUCGCUCGUAAUGAGUAUACGAAGACGGAGGAGAAGAACCCUGUCGACUGCUCCUUGUUUUAUCUGGCUUUGCGUAAGAAGAACGUCCUUCAGGGUCUGUGGCGCAUGGCAAGCUGGAAUCGGGAGCAGGCAGCGACGCAACGUUUGCUAGCAAACAACUUCCAGGAACAAAGGUGGAAGACGGCAGCACUGAAGAACGCAUACGCUCUACUUGGAAAGCGGAGAUUCGAAUAUGCUGCUGCUUUCUUCCUUCUAGCGGAUCAUUUACGCGAAGCUGCAAAUGUCUGCAUCAAUCAGAUUGGGGACAUCCAGCUAGCAAUUACUAUCACGCGAGCUUACGAGGGUGAUAGCGGAUCGGUUCUGAAGGAAAUACUGGAAGAGAAAGUUCUCGGAGACGCUGCGUCCGAGGGCAACCGCUGGAUGGCAUCCUGGGCUUUCUGGAUGCUAAAUCGCAGAAGCUCAGCGGUUCGCGCGUUGAUUUCCCCUGUCGACACGCUCAUUCCUCCUACCCCUUCAUCGCCAGGAAGUCCGGGUUUGAUCUCGUUAAAGGGGCGAUCAUAUCUUUCAAAUGACCCUGCUUUGGUGGUCCUGUAUAGACAAAUACGCGAAAAGUCUCUGCAAACCCUUAAAGGUGCAACUCAAAUUGCUCCUGCCGACGAAUGGGCUUUUGUCAUACGAAAUGCACGUCUUUAUGAUCGUAUGGGCUGUGACCUACUGGCACUCGACCUUGUAGCUCACUGGGAAUUUCUACGAACGCCUCCUCGGCGCGGAUCGACUUCUGCAUUCACAAGCACAGCUGAGACGGACAUCCGAAAACUACUCCGGAGACGAAGCAGUCUUGUUAUUGCUGAUUUGCCAGUUCGACAACUCCCGCCAGAGAUGGCAGUCUCGGCUCCUCGUGAUGAAAAUGGCAGCAGCCCAGGGACAGCAAAUAAGCCUCCAAAACCUCGGCCCAAGCCAACGACGUUUGAAGAACCAGAUACAAAUUCAUUACUAGACAGUUUCGGCUUCUGA